AUGGCCACUCCGAACUACAAGGAGCUGAAACUGCAAUCACCGGCUGGUGCGGAACCAUUCCUGUACAACUGGCCGUUUUCGAUCGGUACGGGGCACGAUUCGGGCAUCGAACUGAUCGAAAAUGUGCGGUGGGUAUGCGAGGACAUGCCCGAAAUCAAAUCGGCUAUCGAGGAAAUCGAUUUGAACAAACUCGACACGGGUGAUUACGAUGCGAUGAAGAACCUGUGCGAUCGUUUCAAUCGAGCGAUCGAUAGUGUAGCAGCACUGGAAAAGGGUACAUCACUGUCCAACCAACGGUUCACCUAUCCUUCUCGGGGGCUGUUGAAGCACAUCAUACAACAAGUGUACAACCAGGCAGUGGUGGAACCGGAGAAGCUAAACCAGUACGAACCAUUCUCACCGGAGGUAUACGGCGAAACGUCAUUCGAUCUGAUCUGUCAGAUGAUCGAUCAGGUGAAGAUCACAGCGGACGAUGUGUUCGUCGAUUUGGGGUCGGGUGUCGGACAAGUCGUGCUGCAGAUGGCUGCCUCAACGCCGGUAAAGGUGUGCUUCGGAAUCGAGAAGGCGGACGUACCGUCCAAGUACGCCGAGGGCAUGAAUACCACGUUCAAGCUGUGGAUGCGUUGGUUCGGCAAGAAGUACGGUGAUUACGAGCUGAUUAAGGGAGACUUUUUGGCGGACGAGCACCGGGAGAAAAUCACCUCGGCCACAAUCGUCUUUGUGAAUAACUUUGCAUUCGGUCCUAAUGUUGAUCAUCAGCUAAAGGAACGGUUUGCUGACUUGCGGGACGGUGCACGGAUCGUUUCGUCCAAGAGCUUCUGUCCGUUGAACUUUCGCAUCACGGAUCGUAAUCUCAGUGACAUCGGUACGAUUAUGCAUGUCAGUGAAAUGAGCCCGCUUAGAGGAUCGGUUUCCUGGACGGGUAAACCGGUCUCUUACUAUCUGCACAUAAUUGACCGCACGAAGCUGGAGCGUUAUUUUCAACGGUUGAAAACGAAGGGCACAGAAAAUCAUAACGAUGGUACAAGUGGCGGUGGAAGCGGUUCACAUUCGACACGAUCGUCUCGGUCUCGCAAGGACCAGAGCAAUCACCAUCCGAAGACGAUCACGAACGAUGACAGCACGUCGGAAAGCGAUACGGAUGUUGUGGGACCGACGACGCGUAAGGCGUGGUCGGACUGGAACAGUGGUAAGGAAUGCAAGACAAGUCCGUCCGAGGAAGAGAACAACAAUUCGCCGGUUUUGCGAAAUGGGCGAAUACCGGUGGCCACUAAAAAGCGUCGAAAGAUCACCCGUACCAAGGCAACGGGUAAGAAAUCAGAACUGGCAGCAGCUAGUGCGGCAGCCAAUCGUGAAAUAGGCGUUGGUACUUCGGCGUCAGCGGCUGCAGCAGCGGCCGCAGCAGCAAUGGUUGGUGGAAAGAAACGAGGCCGUGUUAAGGGUAAAGGGCGCCAGCGACGUCCGCUCAAUAUUGCCGGUCUGGAUUUACUGCAUAAUGAGACACUACUGAGCACAUCGGACCAGGUGAUAGGCAAACGGUUGCCACCGGCACCUGGAUGCGUGGAUCAGCAACUUACCUCAUUGGCUGGUGAUAUGCAGCACAACGAGCUGGACAUUCCUGACGCACCGUCGGAGACCCCAUACGCGCUGCAAAUAUUGCUCGAUUUAUACAAGGCCCAAUUUAUGAAGACCAUCGAAGCGAUGCGGAAACCUUCAUAUAGGGACAACGUUCAGCAGCAGUUUGAUCGCGAGAAGGAACGCAACCAGUGGCUAAUGAAUCGAGCCGGCCAGCUCGAGAAGCAGAUCAAGGUGCUGAUUGAUGAUAGUGUGGCACUGCUGAAGGCCCGCAUGAACGAACUGGGCAUCAGCACGACCAGCCAAAACGAUUUGUUAUGCAAGGCAAAAGAAAUCGUUGGACGGCAUAAGGAGCUUCAGGUGAUGGCGGCCAAAUUGCAGAAUCAAGUGAAUGUAAUCGAACAAGAGCAGAAGCGGCUGGUGAUGCAACAUCUGUCAAAGCUUACCGCUGAACAGCAACAACAACACCAGCAUCAACAGCAUCAGCAGCUCCAUUCGCACCAGCCCUAUAUCAAGAUAGAGGACGCUGAACUUACAUCGUCCAGCUCGAGCGAACUGGUACUGAAGGCGAUUGCAAGUACACUAACCCAACGCAAGAAGCUUUACGCGCAAGUUUCGAACCUUGAAACUGAGCUAAAUUUGAUUGAAAAAUUAACCGAAGAGCGCAAAUCGAUGGUGGUGGGGUUAGCGUCAACGACACCAGGCAGUAAUCACAAUGUAUCGUCCGUAGCAGCAGCCACAACGACAAUUAUUUCGGUUGCUCGAGCAACGGAAGUGCGCGAUCGGGAACAGUAUGGACAUCCCGUACAUGUGCACGCCUCUACUGGCAACAGUAAUCGAGAGCGAGAACACAUCCCUGGGGAGGUUGCCGGCAAACAAACGUCCGAUUCAAUUCAUCCGUCGCAGCGCACGUUGCCUCCCGCUGCGUCAGGAAUCACCAGUAGCGCUGGAUCCUUGCAUCCUCCACCACCGGCAACAGUUGGAUCGAAUCCAAUAACCCACGCGCCAGUGAAACAAGGUUCUGGCAGUUCGUCUCGAUCGGCACAACGAAAGUCUCGCGAGAAUCGAACACGGUCACAGGAGUGGCCCGAAAUACCGGACAUCGGCAAGAUCGAGGAAAACAAUCCGGAGAUUCUUGCACAAAAAAUUCUUGAGACUGGUAGGCAGAUCGAAGCAGGAAAACUUCUUGCAGCCGGUAAACAUUCGGCGAAAGAGCGAUCCAAUGAUAGUAAACAUGCUAGCAUGGCUCCCGCGCACGGCUCUACAGCAAUCACUGGAACGGCACCGGCACCGAUACAACUCAUGUCUCAACAACCAUCAGGUGUGGUAGCGGGUUCUCAAUCGUUCCCUCAUCAUCAGCAAUCACAACCACCGCUGCAUUCUCAUCUGCAUCAUCCAGAUGCGGCGCUGAUGCCUGCUCCCGCUUCCACUAUUAAUAAGGCACACCUUAAUCAUCGUGGCAAUAGUGGUAGUUCUGGCGGGCUUCCACCCGUUGCCGUCGUGUCGUCGAUACCGACGAGCAGUGGUGGAUCGCUUCCGAAGUGUUAUGUACCUGGGUCCGCGAGUAAUGAACUUCACGGUAGUGUAGGCCGUAACGCAUCAGAAGGUUCUGGUGGUACUGGUGGACGUAGCAGUGGAAAGUUACAUGAUUCGCACAAAGUGGUCAACUUUGAGGAUCGUCUCAAAAGUAUUAUCACCUCGGUGCUGCAGGGAUCUCCAAAAACAGGAAACUCGGGCACGGGUUCGGCUCCAACAUCGGGUACACCACUGGUAGCUGUACCUCCAUCCUCGGGUUCAUCUACCGUCGCUGGUCAGCGUGAGGGCCAUCAUCGCAGUGGAAGCGGGGGACACCAGUCCGUAAUGGUAGAUCCUCUUGGAUCACCGUUAAAAUCAGCUACGUCUGCGGUCGGUAGCUAUGGGACUCCAAUGGCGGGUUCAGCAAAGACGGCAGUUUAUCUUCAGUCUUCACCGGGAGCUGGAUCUCAUCAUCAACAUCCAAUGAUGACCGCUCAUGAUAUGUCUGCCCGUGCGGCGUCGGGCGCAAGAGGGCCAAGCCCUUCGGCUCAUCAUCCCUCCCAUCAGCAGGUACACCAUCAUCAACAACAACAGCACGUUCAGGUUAGUCAAUCACAGUAUCAACAGCAGCAAUUGUCCCAUCACUCGCAUCAUCCUCACGCGCAACAAUCCCUUCAUCAUCAACAGCAGCACCAGCAAUUCCAGAUGCAGCAGCAACAACAGGGAAUGUUGAAUGUAAUCACCAGUGCCGCGCACCAUUUGAACACCAGUACCUCGAUUUCGACCUCACCUGUGCCAACGUCUCCGUACAAAAUGCAUCCCACCGGACCGAUACCGGCAAGUAGUAGUGCCAUGGGUGGCAAUCCUUCUGCGAAGAUCUCACCUAGCUCCAAGUAUCCCUAUUCGAAGGGUUCGUCGGUAACUGGGAUGAGCCACCAUUCGCCAGGAUCGUCGGUUAUGAGCACGCAUCAGCAAAUCAUCCAGCAGCAGGAGCGCGAACGGGAACGUGUAUUACUUUAUGCGGCUGCCGCACAUGGCGGAGGGCUACCGAUCGAUCAUCCACACCAUCCCUUACAUCAGCAUCAUCAUCGUGGCAUACCGACGUCCAUGGGCGAUGGAAAAAUGCUAGAAUUUAAGGCACCGGAAAAUUUCCGAUACGAUCCACGGACAGCUAGCAGCAACACGCCAGGCAAUGCCCCACCGAUGCUCGACACAUCGGCGGUUAGUUUACAGAGCCAUUCUCGUAGCUCAUCGACCAACUCACUCGACAGCAUACCGGCUGCCGACUAUGGAACAGCAUCUUCCUCGGUGGGUGGUGGUGGGGUACGUUACGGGGGCCAACAGCAACCCAUUCCUCUGGUUACACAUUCACCCGGCGUUGGAGCUCAAGGUUCUUCGGCGCAGCAAGGUGGCAAUAAUUCCCGGCCCGGUUCCACAUCGUCGCAGCCAGACUACACGCAAGUUUCGCCGGCGAAGAUGGCCCUUCGAAGGCAUUUGUCACAAGAAAAACUAACCCAUCCAUCGGCUGGCGGUGCUGCUGGUGGUCCAACAGGUAGUGCAGGUAGUGGUUUAGGCACAGUUAAAACGAUUGGCGAUCUAGUGAACGGGGAAAUCGAACGCACGUUGGAGAUCUCGAAUCAAUCAAUCAUUAACGCUGCAAUCAACAUGUCCUCGCAUCAGCAGCAGCCCCCAUCGGCAGCGUCCGGAAAUGCGACGGGUUCAACGCCAUCUGGUGGCAAUACGGUCAUCAAUACGAACGUGCAACGUCCUGAGCGUGUCAGUAUUCGUCUGAUGGAAGAGGGAGGACACGUAGCAGCAGGUGGCCCACCACCACCGGGCAGCAGUGGCGGUACAUACAGUCCCAUCUCCAGACCGGGAAGCGUCGGAGACAAUAGUAGUAAGUCGCCCGUCCAUCAUCUACACGGCCAAAGCAACUUAGCUUCGCUCGUUCAGGUUGCGGCAUACAAUCCAAAAGCAAUGAAUCAUAAGGGAUCGGUCGGUAGUUCCACAACCGUACCGAGUUCCAUCGUAUCACCGCAUGGUUCUUCACAACGUCAAUACUCACCGGCACCGGGCAGUAGUAGCGUUGCAGCGGGAGGGCCCGGUGUUGUUUAUCAGCAGUCAACUUCCCGCGGGCACGAUCGUCAUCAUUCGGGUGAUGCACUGCCCUACAUGGCAUUACCACGAGCGGACAUGAAGCCAUAUCUUGAAUCGUACUUUACUGACGAGCAUAACAAGCGUCAGCAACAGUUGCACCACCAGCAGCAACAGCAGCAGCAACUGCAACAUCCAGUCCAAUUGUCUUCACCAUCCUCGAUGGGCCACCAUCAUCAUCAACAACAGCACGUACAGCAUCACCCGUCACUUGCCAUGCAUCGCGGGAACCAUCCGGUGGAUCUACACCGCGGCCCAGUGGUCAUGAAUGAGCCAGGAAUGAUGUCAAGAUCGCGCGGCGAAAUCGUUCCAAUCGAUGAAAGCAGAAUGGAUCGCUUAAAUGGUGGACAACCGCUGGAAGGACUUGCAGCGUCCUUGCAGGCACGCGUAAUCGCCACACUGAAGAUCAAGGAAGAAGAUGAAGAGCGUCACCGGCGUGAUCUGGGCGUUCACCACAACACUUCCGGUACUAAUCACACUAGCAGUAACAGCAACAGUACCAAUAGCAAUAUCCACGCAGGAAGCCUUCAGAUAGUACAAACUGCACACAUUAAGUCUGAGAAAUACACCUCAUCAUCAUCCGCAUCAUCCACAUCAUCCUCGUCCUCGACGUCGUCUCAUCAUCAACAUACCCUUAAACGUACCUCACCGAUAGUGGAACAUCCGCCAGGUACUCGUCCACCAAAGAUGCUCUACACAUCCGCUGCCGUCGGGAUCGAUUGCCCUGAACCGGACAUGCUGCACGUACCCCGCGGUGCUUCUAAUAGUAUCGUCGGUCACACCGGCAGUGUCCGUGGCGGUUUGCUCGUGGCACCGCCGUUAGUGAUGAGCCCGGAAAUAAACUCUCUGGUCGAUGAUGGGCGACAUCAUCAUCAGCUACACGUACGUCACAGUCACCAUUCGCGCAACGACGUUGACGAUGAUGUGGUCGGUGACGAUGAGUCGAGCUGGCACGAUCGCGUCAGUUCCGGUUUCGAUCGGCUGGUGGCGUUCGCUUCAACCGAGCUGGAUAAAACGCGGCGCUCGAACGAGGAUGUACCACCGUCGUCGGCAAGCUGUACGACAUCGCCCGACAGUGGCAUCAAUCAGAGCGAUCACAGUCGAACGUUUUUGUCGUCGUCGUCUUCAUCGUCUCAACUGGACGUACCGCCGAGCAGUGCUAGUGCGGGCAGUAGCAGCAGCAGCAGUAUUAGUAGUAGCAGCAGUAACAGCAGCACCAGCAGUAUAGGCAGCGUGUCCGGUGGUCAUGGAGUUGGGCACGGGCAGCAUGUGGUUGGUAGCGGUAGCAACACCGUGGUUGCUGGUGGUUUAAUGAUGAAGCACAUGGUGCCGAUCAUCAAGUCAUCGCCUGCCGAACCCGUAGACAGUCCGCCACUGUCGGAUGUGGGUUUACCCCGUACACCGAGUCCUACAUCAAGUCCUCCGCUUCUGUUCGGACAUCCGACCACGAGUAACACCACCAUCGGAGGGACUGGAAGCUCAGGGGUCGUGUUACAACCGACGGUCUUAUUAAAUCCGCCCGGCAAUGGCGGAAGUAAUAAUGGUGCGCCAACAGGCACGGUCCAACCUGCCAACAACAAUUCCAACAGUUUGGGCAUCCCGCUAAAGUACCAGCGACAGUCAAAGUCGUCCUCCGCUUCGUCCGAGAAACACUACAAGAAAAAGUUCCGCGAACGUAACUGGGAGGAGUAUGAGGAAAGUUUAAGCGGUGGACGUAACAGUGCCAUAAGUGUUGGAGAACCAAUGGAACAGCAGGAUUAUUCUGUCGCUAGUGUUACUGCUGCUGCUGCUGCUGGAAGGCCACAUCGGCCGGGGUCGUCCAACAAUCUCAACAUUCUAUCAACGGAGUCGAAUCUUGCGACUUCCGUCACGGCAGUGCCAAAUGAAGGUACUCGUGGAGAUAACGAUGAUCACCUUUCGCACCAUCAGCAGCAACAAGUACAGCAACAUCAUCACAAGCAUAAAUCGGCCAAAUUUCGACCUAAGGGCAAAGACUGGAACUGGGACGACGAGCAUUCGAAUGCGUCGUCCGGAUCGGCGACCGGUUCGACGCGGACCAGUCGUGGAUCGGUGGGAGGCAACAAUACAAACCCGACCUGAUUUUCAUUGUGUUAGAAAAUAGGCACCGUUUUGCGCAGGGAAAGGAGAAAAAUCAUUUACCACAGCACCGAGAUACAUAGAGCCAGCCUUCGAUCAUCGCAAUAUGUUUUAGUUAAAAAUGAUCGUUUUAGUUUACAAAUAUGUUAUAUUUAUAGCUUUGUGUAGUUUUUGGUUUACACAAACAUUGCUAUGCACCAUGAAAAUAUCCUUCUGCUGUUGGUUCAUGUUCAGCGUUCCUACUAAAGUUUCGAUCUUUCUUUACACGCUUCAAACGUUUAUAGGUUUGCAAUUUUUAUAAUUUUCCAUGAAGCAUUCAAUUUUGCUCAAUUAAUUUAGUUAAAAAAAUAUUCUAGGCAUUAAUUUUUCGAAUUAGCGUCCACAAUCAUUUUAUAGUUUUGACAAAAUUAUGAUCGCAAUUACGAUCGAAUUGCCUACCAUAUAAGCUAAAAUGGAAACGUAAUCUCUUCAUUAAUCAAGUGCAAAUGUGCCCAGGAUUUCUUUUUAACGGAAAAUUCCAUUUAGUCCUUUUCGGUAACUGCCAUUUAGCUCAUGUGUUUAUCUUCUCCCUCGUUCAUGUGUUCAUUUAACCAGGUUAAAUUCAGUGCUUUUAGUAUCAAGUUUAGAAUAUUCAAUAGCGGGAGAUGGGCAUCAAACUACAAAUAUCAAUCAAGGCCGCUUACUCAUUAACAAAAAAUAAACGAGGGAUAGUAUGUUAUGGGAGUUAAUAGACUUUUUUAAAAUUAACUAUAUCCUUCAUUCCGGUUAUUUGGGUACGAAAAACAAACCGGUGUAUAGCGAAAUAUAGUGUGUGUUUGGGCGCGCGUACGUAUCGGUUAUGAAGACGAAGACUGAACAUUUUUACCAUUGAACUGCCACCUAAUAAUUCUAAUUCUUUUAGACUAAUUCACCGCACGAAAUGCGAACUCUAGCUCCCAUUUUUGUGAGUGGUAAUGUUUCUGUUAAAAAGGCUGUGGCUUUGUUUCUUUUUCAACGUGAUUUAAUUUCCUUGCUCAUUACGCAGUUCUUUUUCUUCCGUGUUCUGUACUGUAAGGUACGCCAAAUGUAAAAUCGGUCAAACAUAAAUCUGUGGUAAAAGAAAGGACGGUGACUUCUUUUUCGACACAUUUUCCACAAAAGCAAGCUAUACGGUAGUGACUUCUUGGUGUACCACCCAUUUGGUAUAUCAUGCCGAAGUGAUUCGGUGUACACGAGAGAAAAUAGUAAGCAAAAUGGUACACAUUUUAAUUAGAGAAUAAAUCACAUCAAACCAACCAAGAAUCCAACAAGCAAAUGUAAAACCUCAUUCAUGUUUCAGUAGGGUUAAACUGUUCGGAUAAUUAACAGCAUGAAAAAGAUGCAGUAGUAUUAAUUAAAAACAAAAAAAAAACAACAACAAGCAUUAAAAGAGGUAAAGCGAGCAUAGUGGAAGAAUAAGCUUUUGAGUGGAAAAUGGUAUAAAAGUCACAUUAUCUAAGCAAAAAACCUGAAAUGGCGUAGUGUGUAGAAAAAAGGGCAGGCAACAGUGUAUAUAGUAAUAAUAUUCAAAGCAGAAGUUAUAUAUUUCUAAGUACUAGUACAAGCAUGGAGACACUAGACCGCUGAAGGGAAGAGAAAAUAAGAACUGAAAAUACAUGAAAACGAGAUGAAUGAAUGGGAUGAAUUAAAAAUGAAUGACAACAAAUGAGAGCGAGAAAGAGAGAGAAAGCAGUAAAAACCAAACAAAGGAACAUUUUUACUAUUUCAUAGACAAUGGGCUCCAAACAUUAACAUAGCAUCUGGCAAAAUUUACUAGCUCUUUUGUUAUUUAUCUUAACACCUAUGUUUACAUUUGCUGACCACUAUCGUAUAGUGUUAUUAUACUUCGUUGAGUUGCUAACCUUUCAUUUUCUUCUUUUGUUAUUAUUCACUGUUGUUCUAAUUUCAUUUUUGUUUGCUACCUACUGUACCGGCUCUCGCACAACAAACAGCAUUAGAGCGCAAUAUAUAGGUGUAAUGAUUGGUUGAGAUAAGUGUUUGCAGCUGCAACAGUAGUGUUCUAGCGCCUAGAGAUUAACGCAUAAGUAGCCAAUUAUGUACCGAUCGUUUAUGAAGCGGAAAAAUAUGCCUACAAUUGGUUUUAAGAUGCCUUUUUUCAGUUUUGUUUGUAUUUAUCUCUUCUGUGUAUGAAAUGAAGAUGUUCUAAGCAAGAGAGGAAGCAUAAAGUAAGCAGCAUAAAUAGAUGGUAGUUGGAUAAAAAGCUGAAGAGAUGCGAUGGAAAUGAGUGAAUAAAAAGCAUUCUAAGCUCAUCAUACUUAUUUGUUUAUUCCGUUCUAUUGCACAAUAUCGUUUGGGUAGAAAGCAAUAAUAGUAGCGCAAAACAAAGGUUUACAUUAACGUUGUUUUACACAUUUUCAAACAGCUGUAAAGCUUUGAUUGACAGUAAUGAAAAGGCAAGGCUGUUUAAUAAUGUCGAACAAAUGAUGCCUCAAUUAGACAUGCAACGGCAGACAAAGGCACUAAUCUAAUGUUGCUAGUACCAUACUGUGUAGGCGAGAGGAUAGUUUGCAAUGGAAUGGAACCAAUUGACGAGCAAAACAAAAGAAUGAAAAGCAAGAGCUAAACCAUAAUUCUUUCCAGCUUUUCUAGGAAGCUUUUUUGGUGAUGAGAAACAAAAGGAAAACGAAAACAACAUACAAAAUAAAUAACAAAUUACAGGUAAUACAAAUACGCAAUUUUUAGCUUAUAAAAACCAGAAACACGAACCUGCUCCUCACGAUGGUGUGUAAUGGCUAACAAAAGCAACUCAAAACCAACAAAGAAAAAUCUCUCAGGAUAAAGGAAAAUAAACAGAAAGACACUCCUGGCACAGAAAAGCGUAGACACAACCCAACAUAAUAUGAUAGGAAAUUGACAAAAUGUAAUAGAUCGCACUAUUGUACGGAGCGGCAUGGCACCUGAUUUUAUCUUUUUUAGGGUUUCCAAAUUUUCUAGAAGAGAAAACAAUCCAACAUACAGUGGUUCGUUCUUCAUUGGCUAGUUUGUUUCCGAAUAGAAGGGUCCGCAUACGGUAAAGUUAAGAACGAUCAGCAAACAAAUUGCAUUUCUUGUUCAGUUCUUUUUCUUCUCUUGCAAAAGAACUCCAUCUUUAUUGUUCACAACGAAAAUAAAAAAUAGCUAUCUUUGCAGCACAAGCAUUUCUGAUAAGUAUUCAAAUGGUAUCAAUGGCGGGUGGAACAAAAAUGGUGGUCAAGUGUCGUUGAAGACCGUUUGAAAGCAAAUAUUUACAACACUCUCUCAACUUAUUAUUACGCUAUUGAAACACUCAAGAAAAAUUAUGUUCUUUUUGUUAUUCUGUGUAAAACUUCAAUAGAACACUAUUUCCGGAUAUGCCUCAGAUACUGCUUUUGAGUAGUACCAUGCUUGGUUAGUUGUGCAAGAUUAAUUGUCCUUUAUUCAACGAGUUAUUCGUAGUUAAUUCGGCAUUACUCCCGGACUCCCAGCACUACAAAUUGUAAUUCAGAAAUUAGUUUCUGAAAAGAAGUUCACAGUUUCCUGUCAGGAUUGAUAAACCCCUGCUUACUAACGUAAGACAGACAUCCCGGAUUAGCUUCACAAAAAAAAAACACGGAUAUUAGCUCCUGGCAUAGUAAGAAUACAUGUUGAUCGAAGAGAAUAACGUUUUAAAUGUGUUCAUUAAGUUAUUAUUUUUGUAUUGCCUUUACUUUCCCAUUUUUCGUCCCGUUUCAUCUUCCCAUUAGAUCGAGGAAAGACUAUUCGGUAAAGGAAGUACAAUACCACCACCGCUACCAGAUCCCUAACAGAUAAGUUCUCGUUGUAUAGUAUGUACCAUAAUACAUCAUUUUCCUCACGUUCUGUACCGUGAUGUACUUGACGGAUUUUAUAUAAAUACAUUAAGUUUAAGUGAAGAUUUGAGUUUUUUAUGGUUUUUUUUGUUUUCCCUUUCGCUAAUUAUUGUAAAUUAAUAUAAUGUACCCAUCGGAUGUGACAGCUGUGUGUCGGACAUUUAAAGUAAUUGGAGCGUUUUAUGUAUUGUGUAAUUGUGACAAAUGGUAAACUAUUUCCGUACCUACCUAGCCUAUUUACCACUAGUGCUGUGGUUGUGUAAAAUUGAAUUUUAAAUUAUUCACCUAGUUUCCGCCACGAUUAGUCUAGUUUACGAAUUUGUGAACCGUUUUUUGUUUUAAAAUUAUGAUCUCUUUCGUGAACAUGCGAACGUAAAUCGGGAAUGUGUUCUGCCUGGAAACAAAGAAAACGAAGGAUAACAUCAUCUAACCAUACCUCCUCCUCCCUCAUUGUCUAUUUGUAUCAAUGUGUUUGUAACUGUUUUUGUUUGUGGUUAUGCAAGAAAGGAAAUAAAAGAAAUAAAGAGAAAAUCUAAGGAAGAUCAUUAAAGGUUCAUGCAUUACAAGCUCUUUAUUUAAAAAAGAAAAAAUAUUAGUUACUUAUUGAAAAAGAACAGGAAAACCUACGAACAGCUUACAAAACUCCUCCACAGCAUAAACAAGAUGGGGAACAAAACACGAAAGGCAGGGAAGAAAAAUCGGAAGGAGAUGAGGAGGUGGGCAAUAACAGAAUGUAUGAUAGAUGCAUACACCAUUUAGGGACAAGAAAGAAAUAUUGGACUUAGAAGUAAUGGUAGAAGAACUAAUAGACGAGGAAAAAUAAUACUAAGCAGAAGAAAGAGAAACAAGAUGGAGAAAAGCAACAAACACGGCGCUUAACAGCGUGUGCAUUACAAAACCUAUAAAGUAAACAACAAAAUAAAAAGAAAACUCGUUUUAAACAUUUAAGCAAAAUCUUAACUGGAGAAAAGUAAGUAAUAAUGAAAUAAAACUAAUA